AUGUGCCUCAACUACCAGAUCCGCGUGCUCUGCUGCGACGACUACAGCCACUGCCCCACGACACCGGCCACCACCACGGCCCCUCCGCCGACCUCUGGGGCCACCAGGCCACCAGCCGGGCCACCAGCCAGCCUGGGGCUCCAGCACCACGGCCAGCACAACCCAGGCCACCUCGAGCUGGGGGCCAGCACCGGGGGAUCCCCGCCGCCCCCCGUUCCUGGGACCACCAGCGCCCUGCCCCGCACCACCCGACGCCCCUCAUCAGUCACCCCUACACCCUCGGUGUCUUCGGUGACCACCCCGACCUCAGCCACCACGCCCUCUGUCACCCCCACCACCGCGUGUCUGCCUCGCUGCACCUGGACAGACUGGCUGGACCAGAGCUACCCCAUGCCCGGGGCCUCGGGCGGCGACUUUGAGACCUUCGACAACCUGCGGGCGGCCGGCACGCCCCUGUGCGCGCGGCCCGUGGCCCUGGAGUGCCGGGCCGAGUCCCAGCCCGACGUGCCCCUGGCCCGGCUGGGCCAGAAGGUGCUGUGCAGCCUGGGAGGGCUGGUGUGCCACAACCGCGACCAGGCCGGCCAGUUCCAGAUGUGCCUCAACUACCAGAUCCGCGUGCUCUGCUGCGACGACUACAGCCACUGCCCCACGACACCGGCCACCACCACGGCCCCUCCGCCGACCUCUGGGGCCACCAGCACCCCAGGGCCGUCCUCCACCACGGCCACCACCCUAACUGCAACCUCCAGGGCCACCAGCCGGGCCACCAGCCAGCCUGGGGGCUCCAGCACCACGGCCAGCACAACCCAGGCCACCUCGAGCUCGGGGGCCAGCACCGGGGGAUCCCCGCCGCCCCCCGUUCCUGGGACCACCAGCGCCCUGCCCCGCACCACCCGACGCCCCUCAUCAGUCACCCCUACACCCUCGGUGUCUUCGGUGACCACCCCGACCUCAGCCACCACGCCCUCUGUCACCCCCACCACCGCGUGUCUGCCUCGCUGCACCUGGACAGACUGGCUGGACCAGAGCUACCCCAUGCCCGGGGCCUCGGGCGGCGACUUUGAGACCUUCGACAACCUGCGGGCGGCCGGCACCCCCCUGUGCGCGCGGCCCGUGGCCCUGGAGUGCCGGGCCGAGUCCCAGCCCGACGUGCCCCUGGCCCGGCUGGGCCAGAAGGUGCUGUGCAGCCUGGGGGAGGGCCUGGUGUGCCACAACCGCGACCAGGCCGGCCAGUUCCAGAUGUGCCUCAACUACCAGAUCCGCGUGCUCUGCUGCGACGACUACAGCCACUGCCCCACGACACCGGCCACCACCACGGCCCCUCCGCCGACCUCUGGGGCCACCAGCACCCCAGGGCCGUCCUCCACCACGGCCACCACCCUAACUGCAACCUCCAGGGCCACCAGCCAGCCUGGGGGCUCCAGCACCACGGCCAGCACAACCCAGGCCACUCGAGCUCGGGGGCCAGCACCGGGGGAUCCCCGCCGCCCCCCGUUCCUGGGACCACCAGCGCCCUGCCCGCACCACCCGACGCCCCUCAUCAGUCACCCCUACACCCUCGGUGUCUUCGACUGGCUGGACCAGAGCUACCCCAUGCCCGGGGCCUCGGGCGGCGACUUUGAGACCUUCGACAACCUGCGGGCGGCCGGCACCACCCUGUGCGCGCGGCCCGUGGCCCUGGAGUGCCGGGCCGAGUCCCAGCCCGACGCCGGCCAGUUCCAGAUGUGCCUCAACUACCAGAUCCGCGUGCUCUGCUGCGACGACUACAGCCACUGCCCCACGACACCGGCCACCACCACGGCCCCUCCGCCGACCUCUGGGGCCACCAGCACCCCAGGGCCGUCCUCCACCACGGCCACCACCCUAACUGCAACCUCCAGGGCCACCAGCCGGGCCACCACCUACCCUGGGGGCUCCAGCACCACGGCCUUCCCGGGCCCUCCCGGCCCCACCACCGCCUGUCUGUGCCGGGCGUUUGGACAGCUUUUCAAACCAGGGGACAUCGUCUACAACAGGACCGACCACGCCGGCUGCUCCUUCUACGCCAUCUGCAACCGGCACUGUGAGCUCGACCGCUUCCAGGGCCCCUGUGUCUCCCCCAGGCCCCCGGAGCCCGUGACUGCUGUAACCCCGACCACCCCGGUGGCUGGCUGCAACCUCACCGACCCUCCCCGGAAGGUGAAUGAGUCCUGGACGCUGGAGAAUUGCACCGUGGCCCGCUGUGAGGGCAACAACCACAUCACCCUGCUGAAGCCGACGCCGGUGGCGAAGAUCGCCUGCGUGAACGGGCACCCGCCGGUGAAAGUGCAGAGCCCGCUGGACCCCUGCCAAUACCACUACGAGUGCGAGUGCUCCUGCAGCAGCUGGGGGGGCUCCAACUACCUCACCUUCGACGGCACCUCCUACUCCUUCCGGGACACCUGCACGCACGUCCUGGUGAAGGAGAUCCACCCCCGCCUCGGGAACCUCACCGUCCUGCUGGAUAGCCACUACUGCGCGGCGGCCGCGGCCCCGUGUCCCCGCGCCCUCAUCGUCCACUACGAGUCCGUGGAGGUUGUCCUCACCACCACCAUCGGCGCCAGCGGGCAGGAGGAGAGCCUGGUGCUCUUCAACCACGUCCGGGUCAGCCAUGGCUUCAGCAAGGACGGCGUGAAUGUGUCCAUGAUGGGAAGCACCGCGGUGCGCGUCGACAUUCCGGCCAUCGGUGCCAGCGUCACCCUAGACGGGCACAUCUUCCAGAUCCAGCUGUCCUACAGCCACUUCGCCAACAACACCGAGGGCCAGUGCGGCACUUGCACCAACGACAGGACGGAUGACUGCCGCCGGCCGGACGGCACCGUGGCCCCCACCUGUCAGGACAUGGCCAAGGACUGGCUGGUCCCCGGGAGCUGCUGGGCGCCCACAGGCCCCCCCACGACCGCCAGCCGCUCCUCCUCCCCGGCGCCCACCGCUCCCUCUGCUUCCCCGUGCCCCACCGCGCACCUCUGCGAGCUGCUGCUGAGCCCCAUCUUCGCCGAGUGCCACCGCCUCAUCCCGCCCAGCCUGUUCUUCAGCACCUGCGUCAUUGACGCCUGCCGCCCCGAGGCGACCUGCCAGAGCCUGGAGGCCUACGCGGCGCUCUGCCGAGCCCGCGGCGCGUGCAGCGACUGGCGGAAUGCCACCGGCGGGCUGUGCAACUUCACCUGCCCACCUGAAAAGGUGUACAAGUCGUGUGGCCCUUCGCAGCCCAGGUCCUGUGACUCCAGGACGCAGACCCCAGGGAACAAGGGGCUGGUGGAGGGCUGCUUCUGUCCCGACAGCCACAUCCUCUUCAACUCCUACACGGGCAUCUGUGUGCCGGAGUGCCCAUCCGACCGCCCACGGUCCCAGGCCAGCUCCCGCCUGUGCUGCCGGCGGCCCUGCGGCCACCCCUUGAGCAGAAACCGGGGUUUCUGUUCCCGGUGGGAGGACGGCGGCCUUGGCUGGGGGCGCGGCCAGGACCGAGAGGACGUGGCCCUGUGGCCCGGGGCCCCUGCCACCGGGCCGCCAACCCCGGGACCUCCACCCGGAGAUCGGUGGGUCAGCAACUGCCAGAACUGCGUGUGUGACAAGAGCUCCGUGUCGGUGCGGUGUGUCCCAGUGCAGUGUGACACCCAAGCCCAGCCCCCGGAGUGCGGCCGGCCUGGCUUCGUGCCUAUGAUCAGGCCCCAGGCCGGCAGCUCGUGCUGCAAGGAGAUGGAGUGUGUCUGCAACUCGAGCACCUGCCAGGAAAGCCCCCCGGAAUGUGGGCCCCAGGAGGAGCUGGUCCGCGCCCAGAGGGAGGGUGACUGCUGCCCCACCUUCUACUGCGUGUCCAGGCUGUGCACCUACAACGGCACCUCCUACGGGGUCGGGGCGACCUUCCCAGCGGCCGUUCCCUGCCACACAUGCACCUGCCUGUCUGCGGACAACCAGGAGCCGACUGUGCACUGCAAGGAGAACACCUGCACCACCACCUGUCCCCAGGGCUACCAGUAUUCUGCGGUGGCCGGGCAGUGCUGCGGGGAGUGCACGCUGGCAGCCUGCCUCACGCCCGAUGGCCAGGUGCUCCAGCCCAACGAGACCUGGGUCAACAGCCUGGUGGACAACUGCACCCGCUACCACUGCCAGGUUGAGAGAGGGGUCCACAUCCUGAUCCCGAGGCCCGAGGCCUGCCCAGACCUGUCCAGCUGCAGGGGCAUCCUCAGGAAAACCGGCUGCUGCUUCUCCUGUGAGGAAGAGGACUCCUGCCGGGUCCGCGUCAACAGGACGGUGCUGCGACACCAGGGCUGUGAGGCCCUGGUCAACAUGACCUUCUGCGAGGGCCCCUGCCCAGGAGUGUCCGAGUACUCCCCCGAGGCCCGGGCCAUGCGGCGGCGGUGCACCUGCUGCCGGGAGACCAGGGCCCGCGAGGCGGCGGUGGCCCUGCGCUGCCCCGACGGGACGGCCGUCCGGUACACCUACACCCAUGUGGAGCAGUGCAGCUGCAGCCCCACCCCCGCCUGCGUGCCCGAGGCCCCCUCGGACCGCAGCUUCGCCCAGCUGUCCUAG